UCUCUCAGUCUAGAAGUGCAGGAAAAUGGCAGAGGCCAGUAUUUCAGUAGAUCACGAUCAGUUCAGCUGUCCAGUCUGUCUGGAUCUGCUGAAGGAUCCAGUGACUGUUCCCUGUGGACACAGUUUCUGUAUGGUGUGUAUUAAUGGCUGCUGGGAUCAGGAGGAUCAGAGGGGGAUCUACAGCUGCCCCCAGUGCAGAGAGACCUUCACUCCAAGGCCUGUUCUACGCAGAAACAACAUGCUGGCUGAAGUGGUGGAGAAACUGAAGAAGAACACAGAACUCCAAGCUGCUUCUCCUGCUCCCCGUUACGCUGGAGCUGGAGAUGUGGAGUGUGAUUUCUGCACCGGGAGAAAACUCAGAGCCAUCAAGUCCUGUCUGAUGUGUCUGGCCUCCUUUUGUGAAGCUCACCUUAAACCUCACUAUGAAGUUCCUGCUUGGAAGAAGCACAAGCUGGUUAAAGCGUCCACCCAGCUCCAAGAGAAGAUCUGCUCUCAGCAUGACAGACUGAUCGAGAUCUACUGUCGUACUGAUCAGAGCUGUAUCUGUUAUUUAUGUACAAUGGAUAAACACAAGGGUCAUGAUACAGUUCCUGCUACAACAGAACGAACUGAGAAACAGAAUCAGCUGAAAGAGAUACAGAAGAAACUCCAGCAGAGACUCCAGGAGAAGCAGAAGAAGCUGCAGGAGCUGAAACAGACUGUAAACACUCUUAAGCGCUCUGCACAGGCAGCAGUGGAGGACAGUGAGAGGAUCUUUACUGAGCUGAUCUGCUCCAUUGAGAAAAAGCGCUCUGAGGUAACAGAGCUGAUCAGAGAUCAGGAGAAGGCUGAACUGAGUGGAGCUGAAGAACUCCUGGAGAAACUGCAGCAGGAGAUGGCUGAUCUAAAGAGGAGACACACUGAGCUGGAGCAGCUUUCACACACAGAGGAUCACAUCCAUUUCCUCCAGAGUUUCCAGUCUCUCUGUGUCUCGUCUGGAUCUGAGGACUCUCCCAGCAUCACUGUCCAUCAACAUCCCUCAUUUGAUGGAGUGAGGAAAUCUCUCUCUGAGCUGAAAGAGCGACUAGAGGAAUUCUGCAGAGAGGAAUUCAGGAAAAUCCCUCCACAUGUUGCAGCAGGAGAGAUUUUACCCUCAGAACCAAAAACCAGAAAAGACUUUCUGCAGUAUUUCUGUCGGCUGACUCUGGAUCCAAACACAGCAAAUCGUUCUCUCAUUCUGUCUGAGAAGAACAGAGUGGUGAAGUGGAGUAAUAAAGAUCAGUCAUACUCUGAUCAUCCAGAGAGAUUUGAUGGCUGGGAUCAGGUGUUGAGUAAGGAGAGUGUGUGUGGACGCUGUUACUGGGAGGUUGAGUGGAGUGGAGGGUGUGUGUUCAUCUCAGUCUCAUAUAAAGGGAUCAGUAGGAAAGGACGGGGUCAUGAUCGUUUGUUUGGACGCAACAGUCAGUCCUGGAGUCUGAUAUGUUCUUCCUAUCUCUCUUUUUACCACAACAACAUUCAGACUUAUCUCUCAGCUCCUCCAUCCUCCAGAAUAGGAGUGUAUGUGGAUCACAGUGCAGGAACUCUGUCCUUCUACAGCGUCUCUGAUACAAUGACCCUCCUACACACACUCCACACCACAUUCACUCAGCCCCUCUACACUGGAUUCUAUGUUGAUUAUGGAUCAUCUGUGAGGUUAUGUGAUAAAAACUGAUCAUCUAUUAAAUUGUGGUCACUUUAUAAACAGAUUCAGAGAAUAACUCACUGAUUUAUUACAGUUUUUCUCAAUUGUUUACACACAAAUACUGAUACUUAAGACACAAUGACCACAACAUGUAACUCACGCACCAACUCCCUGAACCAAUUCUGCUAAACUACUAAUUCUAAGCUAAAUUCCUGCUUUAACUCAAAUUGCAGUUCUAAAACACACGUUUUUUGAAACACUACAUUUUUUUAGGCAUUUUGCACAAAUUUAAUGAAGAAAAUAACUUGUUUUCACAAGGAACACACUGUUAUUCAAAACUCUAAAGUGAGUUACUCUACUAUACACACAGACUCGUCACAUGGAGAAACACCUUUCACACAGAUUUACUAUCAGCAAUCAGAGCUUU